AUGUCCGACUCCGAAUUUCGUCAAGCUGAUACUAAUGGUGACAACUCAUUAGAUAUAAAUGAAUUCCGUAAUUUUACUGCACAACGCAAUAAUAAUGGUGGUGGUAAUGGUUUUACAUCAAAUUCAUCAUCAUUCGAAUCAUCAUCAUCAUCAGGAGGAGCCUUAGGUGGAGCUAGCUAUGGAGCUUCUUAUCAAGGUGAAUCUGGUUUAGCUGGUGGUGCCGGAUAUGGAGCUGCAGGUUUAGCUGGUAGUUCCGGAUACGAAGCUGCAAGCUUUGGUGGUAGUGCUGGAUUCGGAGCUGCAGGAUAUGGUGCAUCAUCAUCAGAAUCUGUAAAUACAACUUCUGUUCAAAGAUAUGCAACAGAUUCACGAGGAUUAUUUCAAGAUAGUAAUCCACAAAUUAUUCGUCGUCCAGCUCCAGGUGGUCCACUUACUUAUACACAAAAUAUUCGAGUACGAUUUCUUCAACCACCACCAAUUCCACCACCAGGCGUAAGUUGUUUUAUUCUCCUUUGUUUAUCUAUUAAUCUUUUGUAUUAUAAUUUUUUU